AUGGGCAAGAAACACAAGACCAAAUCUGACAAGGGGGACGACACCGGGAAAGCUACAGAAGCCAAUAAUGAGGCUGCCAAAUCGACAAGCCAGCUGCCAUUCCUCUCCGGAGACGCGCCCAUCAAUCCAUCAUUGGCGUCGCUGUUUGAGAAGAGUGCUGGCCCAGUCAAGGCUCCGUCCGUGCGGUAUUCUACACAACCUGCCAUGUCAGGGGCCUUGGAACCAAAGAGCAAAGAGGAAGAUGGAGGCGACAAGGAAGACGAGUCCUCAGAUGACAGCGACAAAUCACAACAAGACGAGUCUACGGACAGCGACGAGGAGAUGCAAGACGUCCCCGAUGAGAGCAACGGGGAGCGUGAUGACUCUCAGAAAGCCCAGGUUGCUCAGGAUGCACCAAGCAGGAAACGCAAGAGAGGCGCUACGGCAGAUAAUCUGGAGGGCAGUUAUUUGCAACGGAUCGCACGCGAAGAGCUCAAAGAGGCGGAGAAGCGUCGCGCAGAGAAGGCCAAGAAACGCAAGCUCGAAGGGAAAGCAAGCGAUAGCGAGGCUUCUGCAGACGAAGACGGAGACCAAGCUUCGGAAAGUGACGACGACGAUGGCCCUCCACCAGUUCACGAGACAUUGUCGGGGGAGCGGGAAGCCGCGGAGAUCGAAAAGGCCAAUCGCACCGUCUUCCUUGGCAACGUUUCGAACCUCGCCAUCAAAUCCAAGUCGGCAAAGAAGACUCUGCUGAGGCACCUCUCGUCGUUCUUGUCCACCCUACCUGAAGCGGACCGCCCUCAUAAGAUCGAGUCGAUUCGGUUCCGUUCAACCGCCUAUUCUACGAAGCCGGGUGUUCCCAAGCGCGCAGCAUAUGCGCACAAAGAGCUUAUGGACGCUACCACGCCGAGCACUAAUGCCUACGUUGUCUAUUCCACAACCCUGGCAGCCCAGAAGGCCCCCGCUGCGCUGAACGGGACCGUCGUACUCGAUCGACACUUGCGAGUUGACAGUGUCGCGCAUCCGGCGCCUGUAGACCACAAGCGGUGCGUCUUUGUGGGUAAUCUGGACUUUGUCGACCAGGAGACUGAUGUAUCCGACUCCGAGGAUGAGGAUACUCCCAAGAAGAAGAAGAAGAAGAAGAAGAAGAAGCGCACUCCUGCGGACGUUGAAGAGGGUCUUUGGCGCACUUUCAACGAGCACACUUCGGCGGGAGGGAAGCCAGCCACGGACAGAGGGAACGUCGAGUAUGUUCGGGUGGUGCGGGAUCGCGCAACCCGGGUGGGAAAGGGAUUUGCCUACGUGCAGUUCUACGACCCCAACUGCGUGGAGGAAGCUCUGUUGCUGGAUGGGAAGAAAUUCCCUCCGAUGCUGCCCCGCAAGCUUCGUGUGGUCCGCGCCAAGAAGGUCAAGAAGAAGCGUGAGGCUGAGAAGAGUGGUAAGGCUGGGGAACUUGACAGUGCGCAGAGUACGCUCCAUGGCCGGGCCGGAAAGCUGCUUGGCAGGGCGGGAGCCGCGAAAUUGAAAGAGACAGACAACGCCAAGCCGUUGGUGUUUGAAGGAACGCGAGCUACCGAGGACGGACCCCGACUGAAGGUGAAGACCAAGAGCCGGGGAGCGAAGGGGAAGAAGCCCAAGAACCGAAGCACUCGGCGUGCGGCGGCAUUCCGGGCAGCAGGCGGAAAGCCUCGAAAGGCUAAAUAA